AGUUGUUGCCACUUGACGGCUAAUGAUGACAUGUCAACAACAAACAUGGCAACCGGCAGCAACUAUUGGGAAGAUUUGCGUAAACAGGCCAGACAGCUGGAAAAUGAGCUGGACCUCAAGCUGGUCUCCUUCAGUAAGCUCUGCACCAGCUACAGCAGCAGCAGCAACCGGGACCAGCGGACAAGAGACAGCAGGUCUGAUUCUGUUGGCUCAUCUCAAGACAACAUGCUCGUGGCCAUGACUACUGAGCUGGAGCAGCUGUUGGCCAAUCUCACAGCAGUCAAUGACAAGAUGGCAGAAUACACAAACACACCAGGAAUGUCAUUACAUAAUGCAGCGUUGAUGCACACCCUACAGAGACACAGAGACAUUUUACAGGACUAUACUCAUGAGUUCCACAAAACCAAAAGCAACUUCUUCAGCCUGCGAGAGCGAGAGGACCUACUAGGCUCUGUCCACAGAGACAUUGAGUCCUAUAAGAGCGGCACAGGAGUGAAUAACAGGAGGACUGAGCUCUUCCUAAAGGAACAUGAACAUCUCAGAAACUCAGAUAGUCUUAUCGACAAUGCAAUAAGUAUCGCCAUGGCUACCAAAGAGAACAUCACAUUUCAGCGUGGGAUGUUGAAGUCCAUUCAAACCAGGGUCACAACUUUGGCUAAUCGUUUCCCCACCAUCAACAGCCUCAUCCAGAAAAUCAAUUUGCGCAAGAGGCGGGACUCUUUAAUCCUAGGCGGGGUGAUCGGCGUCUGCACCAUACUCCUGUUGCUCUACACUUUCCACUGAUUCGCCGAUCGACUGACGGACUCUCACUUUUGUUCAGAACACAAAGAAAUAUUCAUUGUAUCUCAAGACUUUUUAAAAAAGUUUUCAUAUUGUAAUUUACUCUCCUUAAGAAAGGAUUUUAUUUUGAAAAGAAAAAUAUAUCUCAUUAAAAACAAAGUCUUAAUUGAAAUUGUCUCAUCUGUCAGAUUGGAGAGUUUAUUUAUUUUCUGAAUUAUAAUAACAUUUCCAUUGUGGGAUUUAUAUAUUGCUGCUUAUAUCCUGUUGUAAUUUUAGCUCUUUAUAAAUGAAUGAAG